AUGGCUGUGCAUGAAACGAAAGUUCAUGAUGUUGACCUUAUUGAUUUCGGUCCUAAACAGCCCGGAAAUGAUAUAGACGUCUACUUGGAGCCUUUGAUUGAUGAUUUAAAAUCUUUGUGGGAUGGGAUUGGAGGAGUGUAUGAUGCACAUAAUGGAGAAUACUUUACACUCAGAGCUGCAUUAAUGUGGACAAUUAAUGAUUUCCCCGCCUAUGGAAACUUAUCUGGUUGUGUUGUUAAAGGAUAUAAAGCUUGUCCAAUAUGCGGCGAUGAUACACCUAGUCACAGGUUGAAAAAUGGCCACAAAAUUUGUUACAUUGGGCAUAGAAAAUGGUUACCGAUCAAUCAUCCAUAUAGGAGGCAACGUGCAGCUUUUAAUGGGAAACCUGAAUAUGGCACGCCUCCUGAGCCAUUAACCGGAGAAGAAGUGCUGCAUAUGGUUGAAGAUGGUGACAGAGUUUGUUGGAAGAAGAAAUCAAUAUUCUUUGAUCUCGAGUAUUGGAAAUACCUUCCUGUGAGGCAUGUCCUAGAUGUUAUGCACAUUGAGAAGAAUGUUUGCGAUAGUAUCAUUGGUACAUUGCUGGAGAUCCCUGGAAAAAAUAAAGAUGGGAUUGCUGCUCGAUUAGAUUUAUUGAACAUGGGGGUCAAAACUGAUUUGCAACCCGAGUAUGGAGAAAGACGUACUCGUUUGCCUCCCGGGCCUUGGAAUUUGUCAAGAGCAGAGAAGAGAGAGGUUUGCAAUUCUUUCUAUGGUAUGAAGGUCCCUAAAGGUUAUUCUUCAAAUAUAAAAAAUCUUGUAUCUUUACAAGAUUCAAGACUUCUUGGCCUUAAAUCACAUGAUUGUCAUACAUUAAUGCAACAAUUGCUCCCUGUGGCAAUUCGUUCUGUUUUGGAGAAGCCUGCAAGAGAAGUUCGUCCCGAAGGUUGCAUUGCUGAGCGGUAUAUAGCUGAAGAAGCUGUAGAGUUUUGUACCGAGCAUUUAUCUGAUGUUAGUACAGUUGGAGUGCCUUCAAGCCAAAAGAUGGGAGUUUCAAAGCCAUUAUCAGGUUGCACAGUGAGCGUAGUUGAUCGAGACCUGUUGAACCAAGCACAUCUAUAUGUCUUGGAGAAUACGGAGGAAGUCCUACCUUAUAUCGAGCAACAUAUGAUCCACAUCCAGACCGCUUAUCCAAAAUUUAGAAAGAGAACAAAGUGGCUGCAGGAUAAGCACAAUAGCACUUUCAUUCAAUGGCUACACUUCAAGGUGGCUAGCACUGGUCCAAACAUGGCAGUGCCAUUAUAUAGGAGCUAUCUCAUUAAAGGUAUUAAAUUCAACAUCAAGGCACAAGAUGAUGUGCGGACAACUCAAAAUAGUGGAGUUUAUUUACUUGCACAUACUAUGCAAGUUGCUAGUGCCAAGGAUAAAAACCCAAUUAUCUCAAAUAUGGGUUUCUAUGGUGUCAUUCAAGAAAUUUGGGACCUUGACUACCAAAAGUUUACAAUCCCAGUCUUUAGGUGUGAUUGGAUUGAUAAUACUUCUGGUCUUGUAGUGGACGAACUUGGAUUUACCCUUGUAGAUUUGAGUAAAAUUGGACAUAGGAAUGACCAAUUUGUUUUGGCUUCUCAAGUCAAACAAGUAUUUUUUGUUGACGACCCGAUGCAUCGUGGUUGGUCGGUAGUGUUAUCAAUGCCUAAUAGAGAAUAUAAUGAUGUUAUUGGUGAUGAUGUCUUAGGUGAUGUGAGAAUUGAGUGUGAGCCAUUUACUAGGGGGAUGCCAAAUGUUGACACAUUUGAUGAAGUGGUGGUUGAGUUAGGGAGUCAAAAUAUUCGAGAUGGGUGUGAAGAUAUAUGGGUUGAAUGA